UUGUAUCUUUCGUGUAAGAGGAGAGGACACGAGUGGUCGAUGAGAGAGAGAAAAUGAGAGCGUUGAUAACAAAGUUUGAGUGAGAGGGGAGGGGAGGGGCGGUGCCUGAGUUAAAUAGGCGCCUGCAAAGUAGAGGGAGAGCGUAGAGUUUGUGUGGAGAAGAAAGAGAGCACCUUCCUCAAUAUCUCCGCCCUCCUCAACCACCGCUUUAUUAUUGUUGCUGCCCUCUCCUCAUAUGACCUCAACCCCUUCCUCUCUUCAUCUUUGCAUUCCCCCUUUCUUUCCACCUUCCAUAGUUUUUUUUCAAAUAAAUGGCGACGGUUCAGGGCCUGGCAACUACAAUGACCACACUCCCCGAAACCUUCUUCUCUUCUCCAUCAUCUCGGAGUAUUCAGUUCCCUGCUGUUGUCGCUGGGCGUCGUCACCAUGUAGCUCAAUCACAGAGGAGGAUUACGGUGGUAGGCUUGAGAUCUGAUGGAGGUGUCUCUUUUUCAAAUCAGGGAGCAGGGCAUCGUGGACUUCACUUGAUUCCCACUGCUGUUGCAAGUACAGCAGAGGCUUCUGCAAGCUCUGCAACUGCGAAGCCUGGGCAUGAGCUCCUCUUAUUUGAGGCCCUAAGAGAAGGGCUGGAGGAAGAGAUGGACAGGGAUCCUCUGGUGUGUGUGAUGGGGGAGGAUGUGGGCCACUACGGGGGCUCCUACAAGGUCACCAAGGGCCUUGCCAACAAGUUUGGCGAUCUCCGUGUGCUUGACACCCCCAUUGCCGAGAACUCCUUCACAGGCAUGGGCAUUGGAGCUGCCAUGACAGGUCUUCGCCCCAUUGUUGAGGGCAUGAAUAUGGGCUUUCUCCUGCUUGCCUUCAAUCAAAUAUCCAACAACUGCGGGAUGCUCCACUACACCUCCGGCGGCCAGUUCACCAUCCCUAUCGUCAUCCGGGGACCCGGUGGUGUUGGCCGACAGCUUGGGGCCGAGCACUCCCAGCGCCUUGAGUCCUACUUCCAGUCUGUCCCGGGGCUCCAGAUGGUUGCAUGCUCCACAUCUUACAAUGCCAAGGGUCUCAUGAAGGCAGCCAUCAGGAGUGAGAACCCUGUCAUCCUCUUCGAGCACGUGCUCCUCUACAACCUUAAGGAGAGGAUCCCGGACGAGGAGUACAUAUGCUGCUUGGAGGAGGCAGAGAUGGUGAGGCCAGGGGAGCACAUUACCAUCCUGACCUACUCUCGCAUGCGCUACCAUGUGAUGCAGGCAGCCAAGACCCUGGUCAACAAGGGCUAUGAUCCUGAGGUGAUCGACAUCAGGUCGUUGAAGCCUUUCGACCUUUACACCAUCGGCAACUCUGUGAAGAAGACCCAUCGAGUGCUGAUCGUAGAGGAGUGCAUGCGAACUGGGGGGAUUGGGGCGAGCCUAAGGGCUGCCAUCAUGGAGAACUUCUGGGACUACCUUGAUACCCCCAUCGAAUGCCUCUCCUCUCAGGACGUCCCGACCCCGUAUGCAGGGACGCUUGAGGACUGGACUGUUGUCCAGCCCCCACAGAUUGUUGCUGCUGUUGAGAAGCUCUGCUGCAUGUAAAAGUGGGUUUUGACUUGCGAGAAAGAGAGAGCUCUUCUGCUUGCUUUUUUGUUUUGUUUAUUUGUGAUCGGUUGUUCUUGCUUAAUAGAGGUUGUUAGUUAGGAAUCACUUAGCUUCUUUGUUUUGUCUCUAGUUUCUAUAUGAUUUUUUUUUCCUCCUGGUAACCAACCUUAGAGGAUGUUAAUGGUGGCUUAAAGCCAAGAGGCUUAUUGUGCAAGCAGUACAGACAUUCUCUCUUUUUUCCUCUCGUCUCUUGUCUUAAUUCUUUAACAUUUGAAACUCCUCUAUAUGAUUAUAUAAGUUGGCAAGGAGGCCCUGGAAGAUGGAAGGGGGAGUCUCUUGAAAGAUGGAUUUAUGGAUUUUGACUGUA